UGGUGUUGCUUGCACUCACGGACAGCGCAGGGAAGUACGGUAGCUGCGUUCGACAGUAGCAGUAUCAUAUUGAUUGGUGUGGAGCAGGUGAUUGCGCCGACCAGGGCCUCCGGAUCGGGUUCCUUUCUGUCAACACCAAUGCACGGGCCCCUUCAACGCGAUUACUGUUCGCUCCGCCCACAGGCAGCCAGCCUGCAGUUGGAAAUAGACAGAUCAGCUGGCAGAGAAGACUAGAAGAGGGAGAUUCUGAAAAACCUCACUUGGAACUGCGUAGCAACAUGACUUGCACAGAAGUGAUGUACCAUCCUGCUUAUACGCCGUACAGUUCCUAUCUCGCUUAUCAAAAGCCUUAUGAUACAUACAAGAAAUUCGCUGCUCUCCACAAAGUUUACGAUAGUAGCCAUAGUCCCAUGGAUGCCAUAAAUUACUCCACAACAGCAACGACGGGAUUAAGUUUCGGUUUAGUAGGCAAAGAGGAAGAGAGUGACGAAGACCUGCAUCCAAAAGCCUCCCAGUAUUUAUCGGCAAAGUGCGCCGUGUACACGUUCUUUACGGGAGAUCCUAGUUCUAACGUUGACGAUCAUUUCUCAAAAUCACUGAGUCUAUAUAACCAAAGGAUAAAUCAGGUUGGAGGGGGAGAUGGCAAGGCAGUUAACUGGAAAGAGGUGUCGACCAUGGGCCAACGGAACCUACCUCCGUCAUUCUGGAACAGUGCCUACCAGCCGCCGGUCCUUCCCCACCCGCUAGGGGGCAGUGGAGCAGCGGCAUAUCCAGACCCAUACAGCAUACCAGGUUCAUCCUUCCACGGGAUGGCUGGAUUACAAGACCCGUGGCAUUAUUCGUUCUCCUCUCAAACGCACACGUAUCCUCACAGACCGUCCAUGCACGAUUUCACCUAUUCCUCCAUGACUCCUGGUCCGUCACGGCUCACACCCCACUACAGUUCUCUUCUCAUGCAGCAGUCCAUGCGGGCGUCGGGAAGGUUUAGCGGCAUGCACGCAUCGGGUACGUGCGACUUGACAAAACCUGCUGCUGCUGCUGCUGAAGCUGCCGCCUGGGGGAGUCGAUAUCACACGGACCCGUUAGCGACCACCGACCUCUCCUCUCAUCACACAGUGCCACACCCACACCCGCAUCUGGAACCGGCAGUAACAGGGUUGGAUGGAACAGUUCAAGAAUCUGGAAAAGAAGUUUACUGGUUUUAAGAAAGCAUAUUAAUAACAUUGACAGAUGCGGAGGCAUGUGAUCGAUAGUAUUACAUAGAAGCGAUGGUUAAGUCGCUAUUUUGAGCGUCGACAGUUCUUGGAUUUUUUUCCAUUUGUUUAACGCAUCAUCUCUGUCAACGGCUUUUAAAAAGUAGAGGUAGAGUAUAAUAUGUAAGGUACUUUAUGAUUUUAAAAUCAUUUUUGUGAAACUAUAAUCCAUCGUCUGCAGUGAGAUCACCCCAUAUACGGUCAAUAGACAAGUUGCUGCAGUGAAAAGAUAUGCGAACAUGAACCGCACCCAUGCUCAAAGCAAGUACAGCGCCUAAGCACAAAACUAUUAAUUUAUUUAACAUAAAAACAAUCAGGUACGUGUAAACAGAAAACGCCAUGUUUCAGAUAAUACAGAUGCACAAAAUCGUUGUUGUGAAACUUCUAAACGCUCAAAACAAUAAAGCACAAGUUACAUUGAUAUCAUGUCCCAUAAUGUCUCAACGCUUUCCUCACUGAUAUAACAGUCACAUGCGCAAAAGAGAAAGGUUGAUGGCUGGAAAAAAAAAACUCUUCCGAAUCAAAGAAAGCAAUAUACAAAUAUAUGUUAUUGUUAACAAUAUCCUUUAUCAGCUAUUCCGUCCUGAAGGACAUGUUGAAUUUAAGUGAAUUUGUCCGUGCUACAAAUUAUUCAAUUAUCAACUUUUCACGUAAUCAAAAUAGGGUGGCAAAGUAGAUUCUGCGUAUGUUAACUUUAUUUAUUUAUAUGCAAGGUUUAUGUGACUGUUUAACAGCCGUAAUAACUCAAUUAGUUAUUGUGAUUUUUUUCUUGCUGAAUACCUUUUUAUAUUUUGAUAUUAAAUUGUAUAUACUGUUGUAGCUAGCAAGACUGAGGUAUGAAAAUUAAGUUACCAUCCUGUUAUUUAAUAUCACAUUAUUUAGCAGUGGCCGAAUGUGUAAAUGCUUCGUUCGGAACAUGUUUCAGAAAACUGUUUCUUGAUAAGCUUUCAAGAACUUCCCAGAAAAAUACCUUGAUGUAUAGAUUUUUAAUUAAAGCUCUUUCCAAUUAAGCAAAUUCAUUAGCUGCUUGCAGGAAUAUAUCGAAACUGUAAAUAAUGAUAAGUUUGUACAUAUUUUAAGGAUUUGUAUAUAUUAAUAUGUAAACACCGUUUCAGGAAGUGCCAAACAAAUUGACGUAUACAAUGAUAUACGCAGUAUCAUAUGCAAGGGUUCCAAGAUUUGAAUCUAAAAUAACUUAUUGUUUUAUAACUUGUGUAUAUUUCUAUGUAUGUGUGGAAAUCGUGAAAAAGAAAAAUGUGCAUACACACAAUAAAAUACUUAA